CUCUGGAUACAAUCUUCUUGAAUGCACGCAUGCUAUCGACUUCUAUGCAAUGUGCACCGCCCGUGUCAGGUGCGCAACAACUCUCCAUAAUACAACUGCGGAGUAUAAGUUUCACUUGGUCAUACAGUAAACACCUGGUCGUCAAUGUAACGACUGAGCUGAGGCAGAUUGUGUUUACUGAUGUGUACACGUACACAUGCAGGAUGAAGACACUAUGUUACACCUGUAACAGAUCCUUUCCAGAUGACAGCGCCCUCUACAACCAUACGCUGAAAGCAUGUAAGACGUGCAUGUACUGCAACUUCAGGUUUGACGAUGUUGAAGAUAUCAGGAAACAUAUGAAUGACAACCACAUGAAGGUUUCUUGUUCCACAUGCCAGAGAAAGUUCUUCCACCAGGGAGGCCUGGACACACACACGAAAAACAACCACAACCCGGAUGGGAGAAAGAGAGGGGGUGGUCAUCGGAGAAGGGGAAUGCGAUCUCGACCUCAACAGCCUUCGGCUAAGCCAUCUGCAAUGUCACCAGAAUCGAAUUUUGUCUCUGAAAUGGAAAAAUGCGAUUAUUCUGUGGAAAAGUUACUUGCAGAUAUGGUGCAGCCAGAUCAAUCAGUUCUCGAACGAUACAGGGAGACCAUCGAAAGCCUGAAGCUGUUUCUGCAGGAGAAAACAAAAUACAGUGUGUCCGAGGUUUUCAAGGGAGGAUCAUUUGGUAAAGGAACUACAAUCAAAGUUAAAUCUGACAUUGAUAUCGUCGUGUUCCUCAACGAUUUCACCACAGUCGAAAAAUUAAAAAAUGAUAUGGAAAACAUUCUACAAAACUUACAACAUUACAUUCAACAUGAUGAGUACUUGGCAGCUGCGACCGAGAAUGUGGAACUGUCAGAUCACGCCGUUCAGUUCUGUCUUAAAUGCGACACGGGAUAUAUAGACGUAGAUCUACUUCCUGCAGUUGAUGUGCUGCCCCCAGAAUCCGAUAAGACAUCAAAGGAAGUAUGGGAACAGAUGGAACAUGAAACGCCUGACGUGAAGCCCUACUAUUCAGCCAGCUUUUCACCUCAGCAGGUCGACUUCGUGAAACGCUGUCCAUCAAGAGUGAAAGACCUUAUUCGUCUUGUGAAGCACUGGAAGAGGAUUGACGACGUCAAAAUCAGGUCCUACUGUAUUGAACUCAUGGUGAUUGACCUGUGGCGGAAAUGGAGAAAGCCAGAGAGAAUUGAUAUGAAGAAGCGGCUGCGUGACAUCUUUCAGCAACUCUCAUCCAUGACUACAACACGUAUCACAUGGCCAGACGAAUAUGACAUCAGAAAGUUUUCGAAAAAAACACGUGGCAGUUGUGUCAUGGACCCGGCAAACCCAUUUAUGAACACAGCACCCACUGCUGCCCAGGCGAAGACAGUUGAGGAGAAAGCCCGCAUUGUUUACCAUAAACUAUGUGCAACGUAGGCGACCUGUCGCUUGAACUUACGAUUAAACGUAGCAACGUACAGGUUACGUAUAAUCCCGUGUUUAAAGGCUGUUGCAGUCGACUUCCAUGAAUGAAUAAGACCACUAUGAAUAUGAAAUAUUUCUGUACUUCACAAUGUAUUUUUGAAUUAUAUAGAUACCACUUUACCAGUGGUUCGCAUAUUGUUUGUGCAUCUCCGCUUCUUCCACUUUAUUUUUAAUCGGGCACAUUUGUCACGCAGGUCAUACGAUCAAUUGAAUGUAAAAGCAGAAUAUCAUGUGCGCGCAUGGCAGACUUGACAAUAGAUUAAACACAGUAACAUGUCCAACUGCAAAACUAAUGGCAGUCUAGUAGGUACAUGCGUAUUUGUGUUUGUUGAUGCCAUGGUAAUGAUAACGGGUGCCGCCAGUUGGGCAGGAUACGGUCACCUUUUCGCGAACACCUUGCAUUAUCACUAUUUGAUAGUGUUUCAUAAACACAUGCACAUUAUAUACAAGUCAUGUAGUCGGAAUCGUACUAUAGACUCUGCUUUAUACAGAUAUAGAAAGGGUUUUGUCGCUUUUUUAUUAUACAAUGUUUACUCUGCAAAAUGAUUGAGCUUUUGUGUGUUAACUGCUGCAAUGAUAUUGUCCCUAACGGUUACAUCAAAAAAGUUCGUGAUCGGCACAUUGUUACUGACAAUGACCAGGAAUACACCCUAUAGUUUUUAUAGUUCAUGGUGUGGUUGUCCAUUGUAUUGUACUGGUUCGCCCUGAUUAUGUUUCUAGGUUUGUCAGCACCAUACCCGUGCUCGUGGGUUUCACCGAAGUGGUUAACGUCCGAGACCUGCAUCUAGGCUAGUGUCAAGCUAGGUUACAUAACAAAUGUGCCGUAAAACAUUAACUGUUACUCCCUGUGAAAUAGACACCACUUGGUAUCAUGUUUGUGAGUUUGAUAGAUUGAUAUGUUUACCUUGUUGAUAUACUUUUGAUUUAUAGUUGGUUGAAAAUUUUAAUAAAAAAUACACAUCA